AUGUCUACCAAAACCGAGACUGACUCUAAUAACCGUCCGAUUGGCAUCGGCAGGCAGUUGAGCCUGUGGGUGAAGCAGAGUACAUUCCUACCUAACGACCCAGCCCUCAACGAAUGGCUCGCUCAACUGACGCCAGAAGAGCGCGAUGCUCUAUCGUCUGCAAAGAGCGACAUAAUCGGCAUCCUUAAAGUCAUAGAGGCAUCCCUGGCUAGGUUGAGAAAGCUGGGUAUACCGGAGAUCAUUGCUGAGUGCAAGGACUCUGAUAAUGAUGCAUACGACGAAAAGGAAUGGGAGGCGCUGAUCCAGGAUUUCUUUUGGGGGUCGACUAUCGAGCCCAGCGAUAACUCUAUGGAGUCCGAUAAACCCUCUGUAUAA